CUCGUACAAAGACUCGAAGUAAGAGACGUCCCGAUUUUGUUCCAUGAAAAUUUCAGACAGGAAGACCACCGGAGACUGCUUCCUGAGCGCCACGCGACCAUCUCGUACCUGACCACACAAUACACUAUUUCUGGCUACAUUUUCAACAUGGCCAAAGACAAACCGCCAAAGCCGAAAGGAAUUCCGAAUAAGCAUCUGCACGCACGAAUCACCUUUCUUUACCAAGCGGCCACAUAUUUGACCUUGCAGUUGCCCACCAAGAACAUCAAGAGUGAAGUAAAAGAUGCGGUGUCAUCGGAGUUCAAUCAAAUUCAAGAAUCAUCACCUCUUGCCAUGCAGCUUGGCGCAGAUCUUCACACGGUCUCCCGAAAGGCGCAGCUCCGACUAUCUGUUGACCUGAAACGCUCUAUGUGCAAGAGCUGCCACACAGUUCUGGUACCUGGGCAAACUGCGACGCAAGAGAUUGAGAACAAGAGCAAAAGCGGUAAGAAGCCGUGGGCAGAUGUUCUAGUCGUCAACUGCAACCGUUGCGGUAGCAAGAGGAGGAUGCCUGUUGGCACAAAGAGACAGCCAAGGAAACGAGAUCGGCUUCCAGCUCCAGCAAAUGCAACAUCCAGCGACAUGGAGGGCAUGGAGUCGACAACGCCUGCACUUCAUACAGCCACAGGGCAGAGUCCUAGUUCAGGGUGAACUUAACUGAAGAACUCAAGUCCGAGCUUUCUCAUUGCUGACCCAUCAUGCAAUCAACCAAAGUUGAGCGAAACGCUGCAGCUCGCAUCAUACACUCAGCCGCAGAGCAGAGCAUCACAACAACGAGCGAUAGGCAUGUUCUCUAAUGUUCGCAAGGGCUGGAAGGAGCAGUAGGCUUUGCUUCUACAGCUCUACCAGACUGUUUGUCUUCAGCA